AUGAGAGGCCAAAUUGGAAAAUGGUCUCUAGCUCUAAUGGAAUUCAGUUUUCAAUAUAUCCCUCAAAAAGCUGUGAAGGGCCAAGCCUUAGCAGAUUUUCUUGCUGAUCCUCCAUGCGUGGAUAUCGACAAUGAAUCCGAACAAGGACUGAACGAUCUUGAAAUAUCACUGACUCCUUGGACGCUGCUUUUUGAUGGAUCAAGGACUCAAGAGGUCUCAGGCUCCGAAUAUGAAGCGGUUGUUAUAGGCCUUGAAAUUCUUAGGGAUCUAGAGGCCAGAGAAGUGCAAGUUAUUGGGGAUUCAAACCUUGUUAUCAAUCACUUGGUGGGGACAUUCAAAUGCUACAGUGAGGACUUAGCCCCUUAUUAUAUGGCAGCCAUGCAAUUAAUUCAAGAUUUUGAUAAUGUCACAGUCAAACACCUCUCGAGGAAUAUGAACACUGAAGCCAACAGCUUGGCUCAGGCCUCUACAGGCCUGAGGCUAGCUCCAGAAACUAUUCACAAGAUUAUUACAGUCCAAAAUAGAUUGUUACUUUCUUUAAGGAGAAGAGGUCUAGGACUAGAGGUAUUUAAGGUAAGGAGAAGGGCUAUGGGCUAUGUUCUCGUGGGUGAUGAAUUAUACAAGAAAAGCUUUGAGAACGACUUACUUCUAAGGUGUUUCGGGCACCCUGAGGCCAUGAGGGUCAUGAGCGAGGUCCAUGAAGGAAUCUGUGGAGCCCAUCAAUCUGGGAUAAAGAUGAGAUGGUUGAUCAGAAGGUAUGGAUACUAUUGGCCAACCAUUUUAGAAGAUUGUAUUCGUUUUUCCAAAGGAUGUCAGCCCCGUCUAGCCCAUGGCCCAAUUCAACGUGUCCUUAUAGCUGAUUAUCAUGCUGUGGUCAAACCUUGGCCAUUUAGGGGCUGGGCUCUUGAUGUGAUUGGAAAAAUUUAUCCGCCCUCUUCUGAAAAUCAUACUUACAUCUUGGUAGCCACGGGCUAUUUUACUAAAUGGGCAGAAACGGUGCCAUUAAAGUCUGUGGAUCAACAAGAAGUAAUCAAGGUGAUCAAGGAGAGAAUCAUCCAUAGAUUUGGGUUGCCUGAACACUUGGUUGCAGAUAGGGGUACAAUAUUCAUGGGGGAGCAAGUAGUCAAUUUUACUGCCCAGCAAAACAUCAUCAUGUCCAACUUUACUCCUUACUAUGCACAAGGGAAUGGCUAG